AUGCGCGAGGCGACACCGAUCUCGCCAACAGCCAAAGGGAUCUGGUCCCAAGAAGAGCACGAUCGCUUCUUGGAUGCCAUGAAGCUCUACCCCAAGGGGCCAUGGAGAAUCGUUGCCGAUCACGUUGGCACUCGGUCUGUGCGGCAGGUGCAAACCCAUGCACAGAAGUACCAGGAGAAGGUGUCGCGUCGACUCCGCGGGCUGCGGAAGUGCAAGAAACGACUAGUGCGACCGGAACACCGCAUCGAUGAAGACACAAUGGAACUGUGCAAGCUGGUCGCCUGUACGGUCCAACAACUAGUGGUAACUGGAGACGACAAUGCGUCGCUCGGAGCGAUGAGCGUCGAGCCGAUGGCGCUGUCGGAAGAGGACGUUGCGACGCCAGAGGUGCUUGGGACUAUCGACAGUCCGCGUGGCACUGAUACGAAGAUAAGGACCGAUGACUUGUUGCCAUUGCCAUGCGCGGAAGUUGUCGACGAGAUUGAGCUGGAUCCACUGGCCAUCCCCACCGUGAGCGAGUCACUCGACUUCCUCAUCGAGUACCUGUCGACAUGA